AUGGAUUUAGAUGAUGUUCAAGAUAAUUCUCCUUCUUCCGCUGUUACUCAUUCAGUUGGUGUUAUUUAUCGUACUCCUGAGGUUGUUGGAUCAUUUAGCCCUGGUGGUACCACUAAGGAAUGGAUUCCAAGUGUUCCCGAAGAGUUAAAACCUCGUUUGGGGAUGAUAUUCAAAGAUCCCAAAGAGGGUCUUAGUUUUUAUAAAGCAUAUGCAAAUGCCGCUGGGUUUACUUCUAGGAAAUCUACUACUACAAGGAAGAAGAAUAACAAAGAUAUAAUUGCUUUUCAAUAUGGAGUUUGUAAUAAGGAAGGUUUCAAGGCAACAAAAAAACCUAUUGCUCAACAAACCGUUGAUGAAGAAGGAAAAGUUCGUAUUACUAGGAAACGUUUAUUGACUCGUGUAGGAUGCAAUGCUCACAUAUGUAUGAGAUAUGAUGCAGGAAAUUAUGUUGUUAGUCAAUUCAAAGAAGAACAUAAUCAUUGUUUAUAUACUCCAAGUUGUGCAAAAUUUCAAAAGGAUAAUAGAAAAAUGCAUAUUAUGCAUAAGAAGUUGAUUGUUGAUAAUUCAAAGGUAAAUGUUGGUCCUGUGAGGUCUUAUACAAUGAUGAAAGAAUUAGCUGGAUCACAUGAUAAUGUUGGUGCAUCUAAACAAGAUUUCAAAAACUUUUAUAGAGAUUUGAAGGCUUAUAUUGCUGGAUCAGAUGCCCAAAUAUAUAAUAUGAUCUUUGGUCCAUUUACUGGAGUUGAUCAUCAUAAGAAAUGCGUUACUUUUGCGGCUUCUUUUGUAGCUCAUGAAGAUAUAUCAUCUUUCGAAUGGGUUUUCAAAACUUUUCUUAAAUCAAUGGGAAAUAACGAGCCUGUGUGUUUGAUUACUGAUCAAGACCCUGCAAUGAAAGUUGUUGUUCGUAAUAUUUUUCAAACUACAGAACAUAGGUUUUGUAUGUGGCAUAUUAUGAAAAAGGUGCCUGAAAAAGUAAGUCGGGAAAUUACCCAAGAAACUGAUUUUUUGAAAAAACUUUGUGCAUGUGUUUGGCAUUUAGAGAUUGAGCCAGCAGAAUUUGAAGAAAAGUGGAACAAAGUUAUUUCAGAAUUCAAUUUGAACGAUCAUGAGUGGUUGGCUCACAUGUUCAACAUACGUGAUAUGUGGAUUCCAGCGUAUUUCAGAGAUUUAUUUUUAGGUGGCAUCAUGAGGACCACAUCUAGAUCCGAAAGUGAAAAUAAUUUUUUCACUAUGUUCACAAAUCCCCAUCUCACUUUGAUUGAGUUUUACAUGAGGUUUGAAUGUGCAUUGGAUGCUCAAAGGCACAUUCAAAAUAAAAUGGAUAAUGAUUCAGAGAAUAAACGUCUAGAGUGUAAGACUCCAAUUCCUUUAGAAAAAGAUGCUUCUGAGUUGCAUAUGAUUUGGGUGUGGAAAGCAAGGAUGUUAGAAAAAAUUCCCAAGACUUACGUUCUAAAUAGAUGGUGUACAAUGGCUUAUAAGAAGCCCAUUUUUUAUUUAGAGGGUAAUGUUUUAGAAGAAUGUCUUAAUGCAGUAGAUAAAAAGAUGCUAUUAAAUGAUUUGUGGUGUGAAAGUCAUGCUUGUGUGAGUUUAGUGAAAAACAAUGAAGAUGAUCUAAGUGAUCUUGUCAAAAAACUUCGAGCCAUGAGAAUAGAUUUGGAACAGAAGAAAACAACAAAUGGAAGCAACAAUUUUUGUAGCAAAGUUAAAGACAUUGAAAUGCUUAUUGGAGCUAGUUUACCUUCUGAAGUUUUGAUCAAAGCUCCAAAAAUUUCAAAAAACAAAGGUACAGGGGUUCAUGUUCCAAAUCAGGUUAAUGUUCCAAAUGAUACCCCUAUUCCAAAUGAUACGCAUGUUCCAAAUAGUGACAAGAGAAUGAAGAGUGACAGAGAAAAAGUUGUUGAACAAAGUCAAAAGAAGAAAAGAUUAUGUAGAGCAUGUGGAGAGCUUGGUCAUCAUGAUAGUCGUAAUUGUCCAGGGAAAGUCAAGUGA